AAAAGAGAGCAAAAUAGCAUUUUGGCUGAAAAUCAUGGGAAAGCAUUAUUUGGUUAACAAGUAAAUUCAGAGGUCUUUGUCUAGGUUAAUUGAUCAGUAACCUUGGGUCACCGGUUUACAAUACUGACUGGUUAGAAUUUCGACUCAUUUGUCAAUUUGUCAUCGACAAGUGUUCGAAGUAGUUGCUGUUGCCCUACGUGCUGUACAAUUUUGCAAGUGUUGUUAAAACCAAGGCAUCAUCGCCACCAUCAUGCUCUUCUAUAUGCCUGGGAAGGUUUCAAACUUAAUUUUUAUUUUAAGCAUUGCAAUGCUGGUUCUUAUGAGAAUGGUCCAUUUUCAAUACUCAUAUUCGGGUAUGAAAUUCCCAUUUCAUCGUCCCGUGUUGACAGUGAGCAACAGCAACCCCAUUCUCAAGCCAAGGGUACCCCUGAACGUGCUUUGGAUCAUAUUUGAUGAUUUAAGGCCGGCUUUGGGUGUGUUAGGCGAUCCUAUUGCGCUCACUCCCCAUUUGGACCAGUUGGGUGAGAAAUCUACCGUCUUUACUGAAGCAUUCUGUCAAUAUCCGUUAUGUGGACCCAGUCGUAUAUCGGUGCUCACCUCUCGUCGGCCAGACACUUUAUUAUCCUACUUCAACGGUUAUCCGAUCAAUCAAACCGGAACAUUCGUCACCUUUCCCCAGUACUUCAAAGAGCACGGUGUGGUCACGGCCAGUUUUGGGAAGGUGUUUCACGUAGAGGACGACAUUCUAUUCGAUUGGGACCGGGUCUGGAGUUCGAAGCCGUGGUUUCCGUCACAGAACCAUUCGAGUGUGGAAUCCGAGUGCAGUCGGGCUCAAGGUCAAGCCCAGUUCAAAUUGAUGUGCCCAGUGGACUUGUCGACCCACCCCUCUGCCUUCUUCGCCGACAACGAAUUAGUGAGGAAAGUGUCGGAGUUCUUCCGAAACUGGGCCGAGACUGCUCGAUCCAAUCGGGAUCAAAGCUUCUUCGCGGCUGUGGGCAUGCACUUGCCCCACGUGCCAUUCAAGUUCCCAGAACCUUAUUUAAGUGCAUAUCCGUUGGAGCGAGUGAAACCCAUGCCCGAUGUGGAGAACGUUGAUUUCUCGCCCGAGAUUCGUCAAUACACUCGGCGACUGUUCCGGAAAUGGAACUUCUUGGGCAAGAACCUGGACCCUUCUCGCUUCAAUGACCGUUUCAGACACCAAUUCAAGCAACAUUAUUAUGCGGCAGUUAGUUUCGUGGACCGGCAAAUUGGGACACUGUUGAAGUCCCUCGUGGCCGCGGGUCUGGAUGAGAACACCAUCAUUUGCUUGACGUCGGAUCAUGGAUUCGCUCUAGGUGAGCAUGGCCUCAUUGGGAAGCAGUACAUCUACGAUGUCACUACCCGAGUGCCUUGGAUGAUUCGACACCCAAGUGCCAGUGGAUCCCUCCGGAACUUUUCCAUCGUCCCUCUCGAGCAACUUCAUAGGGUUGCUUCGCAAACUCGUCGCCGACCACUAAAGAGCGUCGCUCAACCUGUGGAGUCCUUGGACAUUUUUCCAACUUUAGCGGAUCUGGCCGGAAUCCCUGCCCCACCACGAUGUCCGGUUUUCAAUGGGAUGCUCUCGCGAAAGCAACCGCUUUGUGUGGAAGGCACGUCUCAAGCCCAAGAAGUUCUCGAUCAUUCGUAUCCUAAUCCAAGGGUCACCAAUCGAAGCCUUCGAGUGGCUUAUUCUUUGACCACCCAAGGGCAGCUUAUGGGUCGACAAAAACGAAAUAUUUCAAUGAUCAUGUAUAGCGCAAGAGAUCACCAAUAUCGUUACAUCGAGAGUUUUGCUUUUAAUCUGUCCUCGUAUUCACCCUUGUUCAAACAAAGUCUUCACAGGGAAUUAUUUGAUCAUGUGAACGAUCCAGAUGAGCUUCACAAUAUAACGGGCUUGUCAAAGUACAAAGAAGUAGUUGACUACUUCUCCAAACAAAUUCGGUCCUAUUUUGAUGUCAAAAACACUUCAAACCACCACCCUUAAUGGAACUUGUACUUAAUGUUCUUGUUGUACUCUUGUA